UUGUAAUUUAUCAAGGGAGCAGCUAAAGACAUUUAAAACAGAUCUCAAAAUGGUGCAAUAUUUGGUUUUAGAUGCUAAUCCACUGUAUAACUGCAGUGUAGAAGAUUUCAGAGGUUUGACAGAUUUAUAUUUUUUGAGUGUGCCAACCACCUGUUCUUGCCCUGGAGAGCUGACUGCAUGGGAAGACAUCACUAUUCAAGGAAAUAUAACAACAUGCCAGGGACAGAUCACUUGUAGACAGGAUUUAGUACCCUGUCCUGCAUCCUCCCACUGUGCUGGAAAUGGCCCAGGUCUGGCUGAGUGCUCAUGUGAUGAAGGCCAUCAUGGAUACAAAUGCUCCAGACAGGGGAAGUUUCCUACAGCUGGGUUUGCAAUAGGUUUAAUAAGCAGUACGAUUGUAGCAGCAGGGAUCAUGUGGUGCACUCACAGAAGGCAUACAAAGAUGGAAUAACAGAAUGUUGUGUUUAUGUUACUCUGCAUCAAGUAUGUUCACAGAUGGAAAGCAGUUAUUCCAAAGACUUGGAGGAAGUCCAUGAAAACUUCAUAUCAUGGCAUCCCUGACAUAUUGAACUUACAUGCUUGAUAGAGUUCAUAAAACAAAUACUCAGAAACACAGUGAAUAGAGGAAUGUGUUCCUCAGUGAAUAUAUAUAUUUUUUAAAUCUCAUUUUAGGACAGAAAUAUUUCAAAGUGCUACUUAAAAUGUAAUAUAA